AUUAAGAGCUCACAACUAAGAGUAGGAAGACGACGGGAGAGGUCAGGCGACCUCCCGCAGCCCAGCGCAUCCCCCGUCAAAAGGGGUGGGGGGCAAACGGAAAAAUUAGGUUUAAAUUCUGAAAGGAUAGGUGGUUUGGGCUCUCAUGUCGGAAUUCAAGGCGGUGCCACCACCACCAUUCAAGGCAUUAGCACCGCUCUACAAGCAGCGAUCGUGGUCUCCUGACACUUAUCGUGAUGAAGCUUGGUUAAAGCGGAAAGGAAACUACAGGAAGAGUCGACGAAGUCGGAGUGUCACCGACGAAGACCUCGACGAGCUUAAGGCAUGUAUCGAAUUGGGUUUCGGAUUCGAUUCUCCAGAUCUAGAUCGCAAGCUAUCCGAUACUUUGCCCGCUCUAGGUUUCUACUAUGCCGUCAACAAGCAAUAUAGUGAUAGCAUCUCUAAGUCAUCAUCCUCAGCUACACCUUCAGAAUGCGAUCCGUCAUCUCCUCCUGGAAGUCCUCACACCAUCUUCAACCCUGGAGACGAUCCUCGGACGGUGAAGGCGAGAUUGAAGCAGUGGGCACAGGUGGUUGCUUGUUCGGUGCGACAAUCUUCUCACUGAUUUCAGAUGAACAAAACCCGAAUCUUCUCACUGAUUUCAGACGAACA